CUCGCUCGAGACUCGACGCGACGUCGUCCGCGGUCAGUCAGUCAGCCAAGUGACGCGGUGCCCUACUACUACUCCAUUAAUUACCAAUCCUCCCAUCAAUAGGCAUCAUCCCAGACAGACAGACAGUCGUCGGUCGUCGUCAACACGCUAAACACACACAACACCUCUCAGGAACCUAUAGCCUGCCCCGUGUGCCAGUCUGCGACUCUGCGACUCUGCGUGCGUGCCAGAGCCGCACUGCAAUCGCGAAUCGCGAAUCGCGAAUCGUAGUCUUGGCAAACAUCCAUCCAUCCAUGCCUAACUAUUACCGUAACUCUCUCCCCUGACUCGUCUUCAUCACCCGGGGAAGAGAAAGCAGGGGGACUUCCCUGCUAUAAUAAUCGAUUCUACGGCUCUCUCUCUCUCUCUUUUCCGUGUGCUUCAAACUCCAACAAACUCUCAUGAUGCACUUGUCCGCUUAUUAAUUGUGGUUUUGUUUGUUCGAUGAUUGAUGCGCGCUACUUUACUUACUUACUUACUUACUUACUACUGUACUGCAUACUACUUUACUUACUUACUUACUUACUUACUACUGUACUGCAUACUAAUUAUACCUGUACAUCCAUUCAAUACGUAACUACUACUUUGCCCAGGAACUUGGAAGACGACGCGCACUGGCCUCGCCGUUUCCUGCCCUAUUCGCCGUUCUUGAAUGCCGUCAUUGCCCCAUGCUCUUUCUUGUUUCUUGUCUUGUCUUCUCUUGUCUUGUCUUGCCUUGUCUUGUCUCACCUCACCCCAUCUCAUCUCAUCUCAUCUCAUCUCAGCAUGGCAUACAUAGCAUGGCAUAGCAUACCUCAGAUCCCACCAUGUUUCGCCCUCCUGCUGAUCGUCGAUCUGCCGCCGUCGUCCUGCGAUGUGCUGUGCUGUGUGCUGCCGAUGCGCCCAUGUACCCCUGCCCUGCCACGCGCUGCGACGCCCGGGAUGUCCGGAGCUUUUUUUUUUGUUGGCCUUGAAAUGUCCUGGCGAAUACAGAAUUUGUUGGUCUUGACACUUUGGCUUCGUCGAUGCGAGAGGCGUGCUUGAUUCACCGCUUGCAAGCAAGUAAUGAUUGAUGGUGUGGACUACUACUACUACUACUACUACUACUACUACU